AACACUGCUAAUAAGAGCAUUUGAGAUUGUAUAUACAGUGUACAUAGAGAUGAGCACACAAACUCGUUCAGGCGGCGGAGGCGGAGGCGGCGGCCAUAGUCGCAACCAGAAAAAGUCAAAUGCCAGCAACUCCGGCGGAGGAGGGCCCGGGUCUGGGCACGAUUCAGUCUCACAUGCCGCAGCAGCUGGUAAGAAAGGCGGCCAGGAUGCCAGCAAGACAGACAAACCAGAGAAGGCCCAGCCAAAGGCCACCACCGAACAGCUGCGCAUUGCCCAGAUCACCAACAGCACCAUAGAGGAUCCGCAGAUCUUCGAGAAGGUUACCCUUCUAUUGACCAUGACCCAACGUUCCGAAGAAGAGGUCUGCUGCGCCCUCAAUGAGUGCGACUACGACCUUGAAGCAGCUGCUAAUUUCUUGAUCGAGGAGCUACCCCAGGGUGCUUUUGCCAAGUACGAGAAAAAGCGCAAGAACAAGGCUGCAGCUACGGGUGAGGGCGGCGCCGGCGACGGAGACUGGGCUGAUGGCAAUGGGAAUGCGGACAAGCGUGAAAAGUCGCGCAACCGUAGCUCAAAUCGUGGAGGAGGACGUGGCUCCACCGACAGUCGAGGCUGGCGCGGAAGAGAGACCCGUGAGAACGAGCGCAAUCAGCGCGAAUCUCGUGAGCCCCGAGCUGGUGGUGAUCGUGGCGAGGAUCGCAUCAAUGACAAUUACCGCGGACAGCGCAACGGCGGAGGUCGCAACGGCCCCGGUGGCGGAGGACGCGGUGGUGGUUUCGUCUCACGCUCCGGCCGCGGUGGUGGACGCAUGGGCGGACGAGGUGGUGGUCCACGCGGCGAUCGCGGCACUGGUGGAGCUGGCUACGGUCCUGGCCGCAGCGGAAAUGCCAACGAUGAUCACCACGAGGUCGAGCUGUGGGACAACACCAUCGCUCAGAAUGCCGAGAAACAGCAGCAAGCCCAUGACGAUGCCUGGGGAGAUUGGAAUAACGAGGAGUAUGAGGGCUCGCUGAAGGACAGCAAGGUGUUCACCACCAGCAACCUGGGCACGCAGACUGCAGCCAGCGUUGUGAGCGCUGGAGCAGGCAACACCACGGAGUUGGCAGCGCCGCCAGGUCUCGAACACCAUUUGGUGCAGCAGGGAUCUCAUUUGGACGACGGCCCAAGCAGUGGACCAGCGGCUGUUACGCCGCCAGCAACGCUUACCGGCUCGGCGGCCACGCCGCUGCUGCAGUACAGCGCAGCUGUUAGCAAUCCACCGCCCCAGCUGCAGUCGCAGUCACAGGGCAGCACACAAUCCGGAAAUGGAUCUGGUGCUGGUACAGCUGCCAGCGGCGGUGCCGGCAGCACUGCAACUUCGUUUGGAUCCGCCGCCCCCGACACAUUCUCAAGCGCCGCUUCGGCAGCCGCUACGUUGGUGCAACAAGCUCAGCAGCAGCAGCAACUCCAGCAGCAGCAGACGACGCCCAUCAAGCCGUCGGCUACGCUGUCGGCGGAGCAAUCUCAGUAUUUCAACUCGCUGUCCAGCCAGGGUGCUAGUCCCGGAACCGCAGCGGUGCCGCCGUCAUCGGCGAGCUAUCCGCAGAAUCCGGUGGCAGCUUAUUCGCAAACGAGCUCCAGCGGGAAUCUUAGUCAGUAUGCAACGUACGCACACGCUUUCACUUCGGGAACGGGGACGACCAGCGAGCAGGGCCAGCAACAGCCACAGGUGCGAAGGGCUCGCGUCAAGCUGCCGCCUCCCUCGAAGAUUCCCGCCAGCGCCGUGGAAAUGCCUGGAGACAAUGCGCUCAACAACAUUGGCUAUCUGGACGUGCAGUUCGGCGCUCUGGACUUUGGCACGGACGAUAGCUUCGAGGCCCUGCCCGAGAAGAUCAGCUCCGGCGUUAGCUUUGACGGCCAGCAGCAGCAGGCGGACGACUACCAGAGCAAGUCCCAGCAGCAACAGCAGUCGACCCUGUCCUCGAGUCUGCAGAGCUCGCAAAUUGGCGACGCCUUGACGGCAGCAGCCUAUGCGAGCCGGUCGACGACGCAGCAGCAGCAGCAGGGCGGCAGCUCGGCAGUUAAUGUCGGAACGAACGCCCUGGACCAGCUCACCAAGAGCGAUCCCUAUGGCCAGACGGCUAGCGCUGGAAGUGCCUACCAAAAUGCGUAUCAAAGCACCGGAGCGGCCAAAGGGGCAAGUGGGUAUCCCACGGCAGCACCUGGCUUCGCCAGCUCUAGCUACGCGAACGUGCAGAGCUCGGUGGCCAGCAGCUACCAACAGCAGGGCUACGGAUAUCAGCCGAGCGGUGUUAACUCGUACCAGCAACAGGGUAGCACGGGAGCGCAGAGUGGCUCCGGCGUGAGUGGCGGUACGGGAGCGGUAAUCAUUCCGGCGGGUGGCAGCAGCAGCCAAAACAGCACCAGCGGCAAUGCGAGCUCUGCCUACCUCACAUCCGGCUACUCGACACCACAAAGUGCUUACCAGUCCAGUCAGAGUGUCUAUGGCAACACCGGGCUGUCAAACAGCAGCGGGUUUGCUAGCAGCGCAAGCAACGCGUCGUCACAGUACGCCAACUUUAGUGCCAGCGCCAAGCUCAAGGAUGCGACAACGACCAGCGGUGCCACGCACUACGACAGUGUCUCCACCAGCAGCGGCGUAAGCAGCAGCAGCGGUAGCACUGGCAACGGUGCGACGGGAGCAGUGAGCGGACAAACAGGUGCUAACCAGGCGGCCGUUUCAAACAAUAAUGUGAGCGGCAGCAGCUCGGCCAGCAACGUGACGACGGGCGGUUCGAGCGGUGUCAGCCAGAGCGGCGUAAGUAGCGCCGGCGGCGUUGGCGUCGGCGUGGCCGGUGGCAGCGUCAGCGGUAGCUCCAGUGCUACCAACGUCGGUGUGAGUGUGAACAACAACAACAACAGCAGCAGCAGCAACGCCGGCUCUGUGGGAGCAGCGGCUGCCGUCGCCGCCGCCGCCGCCCAGACAGCUGCGGGAACCACCGCUGCAGUGCUGGCAUCGCUGACCAGCAAGAACAGCAGCAGUAGCAGCAGCAGCGGUGGAAGCGGCAGUGUCGCCACGACGACGGGCAGCGCCGGCGGUGCAGGCACAGUUUCGGGAUCGGGAACGGGCACUGGCAGCGUUGGCGCGUCGAGUGCUGGUGGUGCUGGUAGUGGUGGUGGCAGCGGCAGCGGCAGCGGCUUGGUGCCCACCAACAUCCAAAUGGUUAGUCAAUAUAUUCAGACUGGAUUGCCAUACUAUCAGCAACCAGUGUAUUCCUACGAGGAAUUACAAAUGAUGCAACAGAGAGUGCAACAUGUGCAAGGAUACUACGAUCUGAACUACCCGCCAGCCAGCCUGGGCGCCGGUCGGGACAACCUUGGCUCCGUGGCCUACUCGGCAAUGACUGACGGACGCUUUGCCCGCACAGACAAUAACUCCAGUCCGGUAGGCAAUCAGGUUUCCAACACAAUGUCUCAACAGGCGGGCUCCAGUGCGCCCAUGCUGAAUGUUCCUUAUGCCUAUUUCUACGGCGGUAAUGUGAUGCCUGGUAGUUUCCAAUAUGGCACCCCGGCUAUUUAUCCACAACAGAUACAGACGGCAAAUACUGCCUCCAGCGGACAGUUCCCGAAGCCGUCGUACAGCGCGGGCUACGGAUCGACUAGCUACGACACCCUCUCGCAGACCACACAGGACUACGGCAAGGGCGGCUACUCGUCGAACGUCAACCAGCAGAACAAGACGCAGACAGUAUCCAACCAGUCGCAGGCCGGCACGGGAUCCGACUUGACCUCGUCCAUGUACGGCAAGGGUCAUGUUGCGCUGAACAAAGUGAACUCAUACGACAAGCAGAGUUUCCACUCAGGCACACCGCCGCCAUUCAAUAUGGCCAACACACAAACGGCUGGUGGCACCUCGGCCCAGCCUUACGGCAUGUACCUGCCGAUGCCAGCGGCCGGACACCACAACAUGAUCCAUCAACCCAUUCAUCAGAUGGACGGCAGGAUUCAUAGCUCAUCCCGCCGGGACUCGAACAGUGCCGGACAGCGACAGCAGUCAAGCAGCCAGUCCAAGUCGGCUGGAAAGCAGGGCUACUCUCCCUCGUACUGGACCGGCCAGAACUAGCUUUUGGAGCACACGAUCUGGCGGCCCCUGCAGAUUGCCCGCGCCAGCGAGUUCUACAGCCUACGCAGCAUCAACUCUAGCACCACAACCACCACGCCUAUUCACCACAUCUAUAGCCGGUGCGGCAGCCAUCCAAGAACGCUGCCCAUCACACACACCACCACCACGAUAGUAAAUGCGGUGGCGGCAACCGGAUCCCUGGAUGCCACACCGUCACCAUCAUCAUCAUCAGCAGCAGAAGCAAUAGUAACGACCACAUCGGCGGCGGCCACUCCCAGCCAUUUGUUGAUGCUCGUAAAGGAUACACCGCAACAACAGAAACUGCAUCCACAGCAUGCCCCACAACAAAAACCACACCCCCUCCACAUUGCCGACGGGGCGGGGAGCGAGAAUUCCUCGCCAGCUUCGGAGGAGGAUUAUCUAAUAUACGAAGAUAAGCGAUCAUACUUUACUUAAUAAGAAACGUUUUUACUACGAACGCACUGUAAAGGCGCCGCCCAGCAGCGUCCUGACCACGCCUCCCCUCCCCCUCACACAUACGAACACAAGAACAGACACACACACACACACAGCAUAGAGAGGUUUCAGGUGGUUUUCAGGAAGGAAACUUCCCCAAUCCACACCAAUAGACACUCUCCAACAAUAAAACAAAGUAAAACAUACAGCAACAUCCGCAUAAAUAUACCAAGUACCAUUUUCACAUUGCAUACAAAUAAAUUUACAAAGAUAAAGAGUAA